GCCAUUAUGCCGUCAUGAAGGAAGACCAUUGAAACAGUUGCAGAAGCGUCUUUCCUGCCUGUGUACCGUGAUCCAGAAAAGUAACUGAACUGUCUUGAGUUUUAACCAUGUCCAUAAUAAUCUUAAAAUCUGCACACAGACUACGAUCAAUCUGUAGAUUGCAGAGAAUACAGGGACACAUGAUGUCAAGUCAAGCUUGGUCGGAAGUUCUGUUCGAGAAAGUGGGGAAUGCUGGUGUCAUCACACUAAACAGGCCCAAAGCUCUCAAUGCUCUCAAUCUCACAAUGAUCAGACACAUUUACCCUCAGCUUAAGAAGUGGGACAACGACUCAGAAACUGAUAUAGUGAUCAUAAAAGGAGCUGGGGGGAAGGCAUUCUGUGCUGGUGGGGAUAUCAGAGCUGUCACAGAGGCUGGAAAAUCUGGAGAUUCCCUUGCUCAAGACUUCUUCUGUGAAGAGUACAUUUUGAACAACACUAUUGGUACAUGUCAGAAACCAUAUGUGGCCCUAAUUGAUGGAAUUACAAUGGGAGGAGGUGUUGGUCUUUCAGUCCAUGGGCGGUUUCGUGUGGCCACUGAGAAGACACUGUUCGCCAUGCCAGAGACGGGCAUUGGUUUGUUCCCAGAUGUUGGGGGUGGCUACUUCCUGCCUAGACUCCAAGGCAAGCUGGGCCUUUUUCUCGCCCUGACAGGGUUCCGUCUUAAAGGAAGAGAUGUGCAGAGAGUCGGUGUGGCUACUCACUUUGUGCAAUCUGAGAAGAUUGCUUCUCUUGAGAAGGAUCUUGUUGACUUGAAGUCUCCUUCUAUCAGUGAUGUGGCCCAGCUGCUGGAUUCUUAUCAGGAACAGUGCAGUCAGGAUGCAGAAAAACCAUUUGUCCUGCAGCAGCACAUAGAGACCAUUGACAGGCUGUUUUCUGCUGCCAGUGUGGAGGAGAUCCUGGAGAACAUUAAGAAAGAUGGCUCUGCUUUUGCACAGAAACAGGCUGAGAUUCUGGCCAAAAUGUCCCCCACUUCACUAAAGUUAACUUUCAGACAGAUUCAAGAAGGAGCGAGAAUGAGUCUGCAGGAGGUGCUGGUGAUGGAGUAUAGACUCAGUCAGGCCUGCAUGAGAGGCCAUGAUUUUUAUGAGGGAGUCAGAGCUGUGCUAAUCGAUAAAGACCAGAGUCCAAAGUGGAAACCUUCCACCCUCUCUGAAGUCUCAGAGAAAACUGUAGAGGAAUGCUUUAGCUCCCUUGGUGAAAGAGACCUCAAACUUUAAAAACCUAACUUUCACAAGCUUUUGAAAUUCAUUACAGAAGUAAUUAAAUAAAGUUAUUUCUGUCAGCAUAUCUGAGAAAUGAAAAAUAUUCUGCUGCUUACAGCUAAAGCAGAUGUUCAUCUGAGACUUCUGCUGAUCCUUGUGUAGAAAUUAACAAUACUGGUUUCUUGAAGGAUUUCAGGGGGUUUCUAUUCAUCAUUCGAAUGGGAAAUGACAUUUACAGUAAGCAAAAUUCAUCAUUCACCCAAAAAUAAAAAUGUUUAUAAUUUACUCACCUUUAUGUCUUUCCAAAGCCGUAUGCUGUUGUUUUUUACGAGAAACACAAAAGGAAAAUUUUAUUCACACAGCCCUUUUCCAUACAACACAGUUUAAAGUGACAGCAGCUGUAAAGUUCAUAAAAGACAAAAAGUUCCAUAAAAGUAGUCAGUAUGACUUGUGCACUAUAUUCCAAGUUUUCUGGAGUCAUACGAUAGCUUUGUGUGAGAAACAGACUGAUAUUUCAGUUAUACACUGAAACACUUCCCCUUUGCUGCAGAUCUCAAAUUUCAUUUUCCAUUUCACAAAAUUGCAGCAUUACUUCGAUUACAUCACGAGAGUAUCAGUCGUGUUAAUAAUGUAAAACCUGACACGGCAGAUCAGCUCGCCAUUUUUUUAUUUAAAUGUGAAUGUGAAGGGCAAGAUUAUCAGUGAAUAAAGAUUUCAUUUUCUUUCUAAGAUAUCAUAUAUAUUCAGAAGACUUGGAAUGUAGUGCAUAUUGAAUACUUUUAUUGGGAGUUUACAGUGGUUUUACUCUUUUUGUAGCUCGACAGCCGUGGUCACUAUAAACUCAUUGUGUGGAAAAGAGCUGUGUAAAGAUUUUUCAAAAGUUCUCCUUUUGUGUUCCGUAGGAGGUAAAAAAAACUUUAGGUGGGUUUCCCAAUUUGGGAAACAAAUUGUGUCUUUUUCCUCCAUACAGUGGAAUAAUUUGUGUAAAUUCUGUGGAAAGACAAUGGCAGACACAAAAUGGCAGUCAUUUUUGCUCAUGCUGCAUCCCAAUCCCCGAUUAACCUUGACAACCUUAACACGUCCACACUGGCCACAUUUCAGUUCAAUAGGAUUAAAGUAUUGACACGUGGUGCUUGUAGUAUGACUGCCAUAUAUAACAGUGUUUACUACACUGUAUUAAUACAAGCAGUUCCACUGGCCUAGAUUAUUGAGGUGUCAAAAUAGAUCUGAAUAAUUCGAAAGCCAUGAUGCCUUGACACACUCAAAUAAUUUGGUUCCUCUUCCGCUUUGCUCAUAAAAAUAUGUGGAUGUUCUUGAAAAACCCAUAUUUCCAUAAACUACAGGUGUUUUGUAUCUGUGUUUUAGUUGUGAUAGUAGUUAUGAAAUGUAUAGAAAUGUAACUUAUCAGCAUUAAAAGUUAUCAUUAA